AUGAGUGACAAGAAGUCGUUUUAUAACAAACCCGUGUCAGACACCUCAUUCCGCAAGACCUGGGACCGCGAAGCCUAUACCGAAAAGGCGGCUGCAGACGAAGCCAAGUCAAAGGAAGAAGCCAAAGCCCGCUACGAGGCCAAACUACAAGGCAAAAAAUACCAUGCACCGGUUGAUUUUAGCUCUCUUGAAGCUACUACUUCCCGCGCGAGCCGGCUUGAUGUUGCGAGCUUGGUGGGAAAGACAACACUGGUUCCCGCUGGUGCGGCUGUAGGGAAGCGAGGCCGUGGUGCAGGAUUUUAUUGUUCAGAUUGCGACUUGACGUUUAAGGACAAUAUCCAACUUGUCGAACAUUUGAAUAGCAAGCAGCAUUUAUAUGCGACGGGGCAAAGUGGAGAAGUUGUGAGAGCUGGAGUCGUGGAGGUUAGAAACCGCCUAAGGUGGCUGGCAAAUAAGAAGCGGGUGCAGGAGGAGGAGGAUCGGAAGGCAGGUCAAUUGGAUCUUGACCUGAGAAUUAAGACACGGGAAGAAGAGGAGGCUAAGGAGCGGGAGGAGAAGAGGAGGAAGAGGAAUGAAAAGCGGAGAAAGUCUGGCAAAGACGGUGGUAAGCAAGAAGAUGCUUGGGAGGGUCGACUCGGUAUUAUAUCUUGA